AUGUCUGGGGCCAAUACCCCAACGCCCCGCCUUUCACAACCAGCGGUUGAGGCCUCGCUCAUCAAGCUCAAGCUUCAACAAGAGGGUGUCGAGGCGAGAAACCUGGUGGCCUUCUCCGUCAGCCUGGCCAGUGACACGGACGACCGGGAUGGCGAUUUCACCGUCGUCCAGUCUCGACGCACCAAGCGCCAGCAACGCGGUUCCGCAAAUCCCCGCACCCGACGCACGCGCUCCAAUCACGACCACAAAGCCUCGCGCAAUUCGGCCGACUCCCACCAGGGACUCCCCAUCCGCCCGCAGACUCGGAAAAAAAAGCAGCGUCAUGGUAAUGCCCAGAAUCACACCAACGCCGGCCCUCGAACCAGCAGCGAACCCAGUCAUCAGAGUCGCGAUGGCAACACAAACCAAGCCCCGCCCUCCGGCCUCCCGUCAGAGCAGACAGUCUUGCCGUCCGAGUUAGGUCGACCCACGUCAAAAACCGCGGCAGUGCAACGCGCACCUCAACCACGGUCCACGCACAAGCCUAGUGCUGAGCCUCGCCGCCUAGCUUGGGCCCGUUCCCGUGAUCCGUCGGGGGGCCCCGGUCUUGGGUCCACGGCCCGCCCGGCCUCUCUGGGCAGCCAGGACGGGACCCUGGUAGGUCGCCUGGGCUCCAUGGAUGAUUUUCUUGACUGGCAUGCACACUCCACCGGCAGUCUUGAUGAGGAUGACCCCGAGCAACUCGAGCGACGCCGCGAUUUUGCUGGGUUGAUUGAGCGGUUCAAAGUGGAAAAGAACAUGGCGCUUUCCCCCAACCCACCCAAAGCCGUUGCCUGGGACAUUCGCAAGUCAUCACGAACACCGCCCGUAUCACUGAUGUCAUCACUCAACUCUACCAUGCUGUCAAACAUGCCUCUGACAGCGGUGGCAGUUCCACUCCUGUCCUGUUCCAACAAGCUGCCGCGCAACAAUGCCGCGCUAUGGGCGGCAUUGUUGUUUGGGAAUUAUCUGGUGUCUCGCCUCAUCCAGUGGUCACUCGGUCUUGCUCUAUUGGAUGUGGGACGUUUCGUGGCAAUCCACCAGGCACGUUCGCGACGUGAGGAGUCGGAGGAGCGUUUGAAAGCCGUGUUAGAGUUCAAACACGCCAAAGCUCAGGAGCUGCGCCAGCACCACCUGAAUGAGGUGCGGCAAAAAGGAAAGAUGGAAGAUGAAAAGUCGCGAGAGAUUGCCUUUAUCCAGAAACUUGACUCGGAAAUGCGCAAGCUCGAAGUCGAGGAGCGUUCCCGUCAUGCUGAUGAGCGGCGUGAGCGGAUCGAGGCCCAGCGCCGCGAACGCGCUCAUCAAGAGAGCCAGCGAUUACAGGCAGCCCGGCAGCGACGCAAGACGCAAGCCGCGGAUCGCAUUGCGCGCUUGCAGCAAAAGGACGAGGAACGUCGUCGGCGCGUGGCCGAGCACGAACAUCGGCGACUCAGCACGCGGCGCACCUCGCGGCCCAUGUCGGCGGAUAGCGACAGUGGGCCCUUACGAUUGGCAGCUAUCUUUGACGUGGACGGCAGCCUCAACAUUCCGACGCGCAACGAAGAAACUAUCAAGCAAUAUCGGCAGAAGCUUAAGAAGCUGCGCACCAAGGUGGCCAAGCUUCGGCCCGCCGAAACAACCAUGCCCUGUGAUGCCAAGCCCAUGGCACGCCAUGUGUCAACCAUUCUUGCUGCCUUGGGCGACCAUCACGCCAAGCCGGUUGAGGACGCAUUGGAGCAGUUGCGUAAGGGCAUGAACCAUGCAUUACUGGUCCAACCACGCGACGUGACGGAGCGGGACGUACACUCUGGGCUCUGGACCUGUGCGCGCGUACUACAGGCGUGGAUGUCCCGCCCGAGGGAUGUUACGCCCCGCGCUGUCGAGCUGGCGUGUGAACUGGCGUACAAGUUGGCGGCGGCCCUGUUUCAAAGACAGUGCGCCAUGCACACCGCUGCACAAGGGCCCACGUCCAACGAUGCCCUCCUGGGUGGGUGUUUGCACACCUGGCUGGACGCUCUCCCUCAGCUGGUGCAGCGCAAGCAUGUCGCAGAUGAUGCCGUCAACAAACUGGCGGCGGCCACAGACAUGAUGGUGACCAUGUUUAAGCGCUUGGCGGGUGAUCUGGGUCGUGUGCGCUUGCGCGAUGUUCUUCGUCAUGCUGAAUACAUUGGCCUACCCACGCUUUGCCUCAAGGCUCUGGACGCCUGCUUGGUUGUGCCCAAGGACGCGGAUUGGUCCUCGGGCGCACCAACGACCGUGCUGGCUCGACCCCUGCCGCACGGUUUGUUCUGUCUGUUAGCCUGUGUUCUAUUGGAGGCCGAUCGUGGCUUGGGCUCGGGCUCGGACUGCAAGACGGCUCUAUGUCAGGAGGUGCUGGCGCUGGAAGGUCUCUUUGGAGCUUGUCUCCAAUACAUGACCGAGGCUGACAUUGAGUGUCGUACUGGCAACUGGUUUAGGUCUGGGGAUCCUGCUUUGAUUGUGUCGUGUAUCACGGGCGUGGGCCUUGGCUGCCGAUACUCGCCCUCUUAUCGCGCGGGCCUGGGAACGGAGGCGGUGCAGCUCUUGUGCGAGCUGCCGGUCGGGACCACGGCACCGACCAUGACAGGGGCGGUCUUCAAUGCUGUUCUAUGGCUCGCGGUCUGGGAUGACUUGCUUUGGCAAACACUGCUGUCUUUUGUCAAGCCCGCUGUCCUGCGCAAGCGCCUUCAGAAACAAGAGGUCACCCUCGAGGACGCGGAGCUCUUGGUCAUGGCCACUAAACUCAUCGAAAAGAGCAAGUUUGAGCAGCUGGGCGACUUGUACUACCGCAUGAAAAACUACGCGGCAGCCUCGGGCCACUAUGAGGAAAGCAUCCGCUUUCUGCACAGCCACUACCACGAGACCAAGGACAAGCGUUGGCUCAAGGCCAUGGUUGAGUUGUCUUUGCAUCUAGCAGACUGUAAAAUGCAUCAAGGCGAGCCAGAGACCGCCGAGUCUGGGUAUCGCUGGUGUGUUGAGACCGCCGAAGAACUCGUUCACAGCUCGUCCUCCAUCUUUGCUGAGGAAAGUGAGGAGCUGCAAGCGCUGUACGGCAUGUCUCUGGAAGAAUACUCCAACUUUUUGCUCCUGCGUGCUGAGUAUGCGGACGACGUCUCGCGUCACGAGGUCGCGCAACGCUGCGAGCAGCAGGCUGUGCGGGCAUACGAGGCCGCUAAAGGCCUGCAGCCGAUUAGCCAUAGCACCGAGGCUCGUUGCUUGAGCACCGCAAGCAUGGCUGCCCAGCUCGAUGGUGAUUACAAAAAGGCUCGCAAGUACGCUCUGGAGACGCUGGGCCUGUGUCGGCAAGAGAAUUGUGCAGACAUGAGUCUGUAUGAGGAGUUGCUCAAGCGGAUCGAGGAGGAAACAGGUGCCAACACGGCAGGCUCGGCCAUGGCCUGA